AUGCCUGUCGCCAGCAAAAGAAAAAGACGCUUAAGUAUUCGCUGCGUCGGCCUGGGCCAACGUCGGUACAAGUUUGUGUCUGAUGAUAGAGCCCCGACGCUGGCCGACAGUGCUGUUCUCCGCCCGAAGGAACCUGGAACUGGGUCCCAUGCGCACUAUGCCCCACCUUUUAAUGCGGUCAUAUUAACUCGCAUCCCGCCUAACGAUACCACUCAGCUUGUGAAUGCUUUCACGAACAAGAUAAAACCCACGGUCGGCGUCCAGUACAACCUGGCCUGGACUUACGGGGACUACCUCAGCUAUGUUCCAGCUCGCCUUGGCGCGAACGAGGUUCUAGAUAGUGCCACGGACACUUUUUUGGCCGCCGUUGCGACAUUAUCAGAUCCCCUCGGUGCUCGCAGCAACCAUGUCCUGCUCGAAAAGUACGGACGGACUUUGGCCAGUCUAAGAAAGUGUUUAGAUGACCCCAUCAAGGCGAAAACCUCGGAAACACUGUGCGCCAUCCUGUUCCUGUGGAAUUGCCAACAGUUCAUAUGGCAGUCGAAUGGACCCAUCACCACACAUGCGGACGGGGUUGCCCAGAUCCUCAGAUUGAGAGGCUGUGCCGAGAAGUACCAGGACCCAUUUGAAUCGAACUUACUGCUCUCGCUUCGUGCCGUUGUGCUCUUUGACUCCCUAUUCAAUGGCCGGAUCUAUUUCAGUGACCAAGAGUGGGUUGCCAUGUUUGACAACCAACUUCAUGAACUCAGUCCUGAAGGACAAGCAGUACAGUGCUUGACUCGCGUACCGAACCUGAUGCGACGGAGCAGGGCUGCGCUGAUGGGAGAUCUAUAUCAUCGGGAUGAACUUCCCGACUUGCAAGAACAGGCACAUAGGCUUCGCGCAGAUCUCGAGCCCGCUCUGUCCAAGGUUCGUCGGCGAUGGCUUCAAAACUCGACAAACUCAGAUACUCUUGUCCCAGGGAAGCCUCAAUUGGCCGGCCUGUGGCAUUGCCACUUCCUGCGAACAUACUGCCUCGGUCUCGCUAUUGCCAUUUUCAUUAACGAGGCACGGCUUGCCUUGUGCUUGGACGCGCCUGAUAUUGUGCAGGAGUCACACGAAUUUGCACUAGAAAUCCUGAAUUUGGCCCGGAUGGCAGCCCAAUACCGCCCACUGGGUGCAUCUGCUGUAAGCAUAUGUCUUCUAGCCGCAGAGCUUGGGGCAGAAGACGACGAGACCAAAACAGCCGUAAAGAGAUUGCGCGUCGAGUAUGCCCGCGAUUUUCAUGGAGUCAAAGAAGUGGAGGACUGCCAGGGCUUGCAAUUGAUCUGUGGCCGUGAGUGGUCUCGAUUGCUCGCUCGGGACAUAGUGUAA